AUGGCCUUCGACAUCAUAUAGAUGGAAUCAUCUCUACAUCAGACUACAUGGAAGUCAGCUUUCCAAUAAUGUGGAAUACAUUCCUUUGCGAAUUAGAAGAAAGUGACCAAAAUAUUAUGACUGUGGAAGAGGCACGCUCAAAAAUGAAUCAAUGGAAAAUCGAAGACAAGGAAGAGCAGAAUAGAAUUUUGCAGUUCUUUCACGAUACAGGCCAUAUCAUAUAUCACCGAGGAUGUGAGCUCAUCGUUAUCAAGCCACAGUAUCUGAACGCCAUCAUCGCUAACAUCAUAACAGUGAUCGACAAUGAGCUAAUGCAAACUAGCCUGGGAAAACAUUACAAGGAACUGAAGAACAAUGGAAUACUCAACAUUUCCAUCGUCAAAGCUGUAUUGGAGAAAACUAAAGGACAGCAUGCUCAACCCGAUGGCAUUAUUGAUAUGAUGAAGAAGUUUGAUCUUAUCUGCGAGAUUCCAGGUCGAGAGAACGUGGAGAGAAGGUUCUUUGUUCCAUGCCGAUCUUCCCCUACACUUGAUGAGAUACAACGAUUUGAGAGGGAUGAUGAGAUCGAAUUUGUCAUAGACUUCAACCACUUCUUACCAGAUGGCAUUUUGCACCAGCUGUACGUUCGAAUGGCAAAGUGGUCAAUGGAGAGAGAACCGUCCCUUAUUCCAACUUUUCACUGCAGGCAAAUGUUGUUCUAUAUAGAUAGUGACCAUAGAAUGGAGAUGACCAACGAUAUUCAUAAUGAGGAGCCUAAUCAGAUCAAGAAAAUACGGCACAUCAGAUGGCAACAGAAAAAGAAGACGAAUCCAAAAACAGAACCAGAUCAAGGAAAGGUAAAGAAAACCAAUGUGAAUGAUCAGGCUGGAAUGGCAAAACGAGCACGAUGUGCUCAAAUGGCUCAAGAAAGCACUGACAGAUGA